UAACAAAUCUUCUUUUCUUUUCACCUUCCCAUUUCCCAUUUCCUCAAGAAGAAAACAAUGGAGACCAAGAACAAUCAGCAACUGUUCGUCUUCUCAUGCUUCAUUCUCUCACUCUUCAUUUCCGUCCACGCCAUUUGCGUGCCUCGGAAAUCUGAAAGUACUCCUUCUCAGCCAUCGCAGCCUGUUUCAUCCUCUCAGGUUCAGCCAAGAAAGACUGCAGCUUCAGCUCCAACGACAGAUUCUCAAUUCUCAACAAAGAACAAAGAUUCAGUAUCAGAGCCAGAACAUCAGAAAAGCAAUGGCUCGCCCCCAUCAACCGCUCCAGAGCAGCCUCCGCUGGAGGCUAUGCCUCGAUUUCCUUUACUAGGAAUGCUAAAAGGAAACCCAACUGAUGGCUUCUCAGCAAAUGUAAAUCCUCUCAUAAAGAAACUCUGUGCAUCCACAGAUUACUCAUCUCUCUGUGUGUCCUCCAUAACACAAUUGCUAUCUGGCGCGAAGGAGGCGACUGCUGAUGCCGUUGCUGUGCUUGAAUUGGUCAUAAAGGCAGCCUCUGAACACACCAAGUUAGCCAUUGCUAAGGCUGAAAAGCUUCUGGCUGCACCCACUACCCCUGCUAAGGUUGUAGCUAUGAUUAAAGACUGUAAGGAUAACUAUGAUGAUGCUCUGGAUAAUUACCAGAGUGCUUUGGAUGCGAUCCCAGCACGCGAUAUUGGCACCAUUAAUAGCAUGCUUAGUGCUGCAUUGACAGAUUACACAACUUGUGAUGACGGGUUUGAAGGUUUGAAAUCUCCAGUAGCGGAAAUUGAUAGCUUGCUUAGUAAAAUGGCUAGCAACACCCUUGCCAUUGCUUCCUUAGUCUAAGUGAAGACGAGCUUUUGUAUUUUUUUUUGUCCUUUUGAUUUUUGGUUUCAGGAGUGUAUAUUUGAUCA